UAGGAUUUUUGCCAUGGUUUUGUUGUUCCCGCAGCUCCGAUGGGGCCCCGGGGGGGAUGCGAUGAGUUUUGCUCCGUCUGCCGGACAAUCCCCCCCUUGUCCCAAGCUGCCUCUGAGAGCCAUUCCCCAAAGUGUUUCUGAACAGUUGCUCCUUUUUUUUCCCCAUUUAUCUGCAGGAGCCAUCAGCCAAAACCCUGUUCCCCAGUAAGGAGGGGAAGCCCCUGCUGGAAUCCCAGUGGGCAGCCUUGGGUUACAGGCUGUAUUAAGGAAGGGCUGGAAUAAAAGGCUUAAACUUGUCAGGCAAAGGCUGUAACGAAGCUCUGGCGUGGCUUUCAUGGGACCAUGACGACCAGGGGAAUUUCCAUGCGGGUGGUGGAGGCUGGAUCCGGGUCUCCCCCAGCGAUGAAGAGGAGCGGGAUGUACUGGUGGCUCGUCACCGUCCUGGGGGUGCUGAGCGGACCUGGCGCGGGGGCCGGGAGCUGCGGACCCCGGGAGCACGGGACGCCGGGAUGCCCGCCCGGAGAGGAGCCUGCCGGGACGUGCAGCUCGGCGCAGGGUCCGGUGGGGACGUGUCGAGCUUGUCCCCCUGGCACCUUCUCACCGGGGGACACAUCCUGCUCCGCUCACACCCGCUGCCGAGCCGGGAACAGGAUCCUGGUGGCACCGGGAACGGCGAUGACCGACAGCCGCUGCGGAGCCUGCCUGCCGGGGUUUUACAGCCCUGAAGGGGAGAGGGAGCCCCGGGGCCGGUGUCUGCCCUGCGCCGAUGCUCCCCGCAGCACCCCGGGGUGCCCAGCCCGGCGGCGAGCCCGCAGCCCCGAAACACUGGGCCGGCCGGCGGGGACCAACAGGACGUGGGUGACCCUGAUGGGUGAGGAAGAGGAGGAGGAGGAGGAGGCGGCGGCGGCGCAGGCGGCCGUGCUGACCAUCGUCCCGGUCUUCUGCGCCAUGGGGUUGUUGGGCAUCCUGGUCUGCAACCUGCUGAAGAAGAAGGGUUACCACUGCACCGCCAGCAAGGACCCCCAGCCCGGCGGCACCGGUCCCAGCUCCAUCUACCAGCUGGAGGAUGCCAACGAGGACACCAUCGGGGUGCUGGUGCGGUUGAUCACUGAGAAAAAAGAAAACGCUGCGGCGCUGGAGGAGCUGCUGAAGGAGCAUCACAGCCAACAGCCGAUGCCACCACCGGGCUGCACCCCCCCAAAUAAGCUGCACCUCCUGCCUCAGUUUCCCCUCGCCUGCCGGCACCAGCAGCACCUCCACACAGUGCAGGGUCCGGCCCCGUGCGCCCGCUGCAGCCAGAAGAAGUGGCCCGAGGUGUUGCCAUCGCUCGGUGCCACCAAGGUCCCCAAACCUGGGGGUCGUCCCAGUGAGGUCACCAUCCUCUCCAUCGGCAGGUUUCGAGUGUCCCGGAUCCCCGAGAUGAGGAGCGAGGCAGGGGGUGAACCCCCCCGCGGUCCCCUCCCUGCCGGUAGCGGGAUGAGGCCCCCGUGGUUGAAAAGCAUCGACGGCCCCCCCGAGCUAGCACCUGCCCUGGGGGCUGCCUCAGGGGGACGGUGAGACCCACAAAGACCCCCCACGGCGGGGAUGGAGGAUGUUGGGCACCGCGUGAAAGCCAGUCCCGCUUGGAGCCACGAAGUGCUGGAGGUGGCAGCUUGGCUUCUGCUCCUGCCACCAAGGUGUCCACCGGCAGCACGGCAAAUCCAACAUCUUGCCCGGCUGGUGAGAAGGAUUCCCUGUCCCCGAGGUCCAGUGGUGGCCACGGCAUGGUGGCCUGAUGGAGAGCAUCUCCAGGAGCCGUGACGCCGGAGCACGGCUCCGUUGGAGGCACCGUGCAAUGGAGGACGUCGCGCGGUCAGGAUGCCAUUUCUCGGUCACCUUCUGGGUCUGUUGAACUGAAGCCUCUCCAGGAACAUCGUGGGCUCUUGAUUUCCCUCCAUCACCAGGUGCCAGCGCUUAACACCACAAGCUAAUGACAGUGUCUGGAUCGUGGGACAACUCCCACCCUACAAACAACCCAACUGGGGCAUGCAUGGUUGCUCUGGCCAAAGCUGGUUUCCUGCAUCUACAUUGCCUCAAUCAGCCCAGGAGGACAUGGUGGUGAUGCUCUGCUCACCGUGAAGAUGACACACUCCACUUUUCCAUAGGAGCUGUUCCUAUAGGAUCACGUUGGCUUGGCCAUGUUGGGACAACGCACCCAAGGUUGGGUUGGAGACCAUCAAGCUCCACCACCAACCUAGAAAUGGGUUUAUGGCUGGUCCCAUUCACUUCCCCACCACAUCACCGCGCCAAAAAACCAACCACCAAACCAUCUCGGGCUCUUUUAUUUAUUUUUUUUUUUUUUUUGGAAACAUUUUAAUAGUUAUUGAAUGUUCUACAUCUUACAGUAAAUAUCGUACAGUUACAAACUCUUGGCUGAAAUCUGUCAGGGAGAUCACGACCUGAUCUUCAGAACCAAAACCAGAACAGAAAACAAACAGGAAAAAAAAAACAACCCCAAAUUUACACGUCAGAUGGACAAACCGAGGCUGUGGGGCUUUCCAGGGCAUCAGUUCAAGGCCAUGUUCCCUACAUACCUUUGAGACUUAGACUUGGAAGACAUGGUUACUCUUGGUUUUAAUUAUUUUUUCAUGGUUUUUUUGGUUUUUUUUAAAUCUGUUUUUGCUUAAGAGGUCCAAUAAUAUUUAAAAAUGA